ACUGACGAACACGAAUAUAUUUUGUGCUAGCCAUCGGUUUUUGUGUUCUUCAAUUUUUAUUUUUUUAUUGCGAUAAAAUUUGUACUCCUUUUUCAGGAAUCGAUUAACCAACGAACAGUUCGAAAUGGUAAAUUUGAAUUCUUUAUCUAGUUUUUCUCUUAUAUCGCAUUCGUUGUUUACUGGUGAAUAAUACCUUGUUCGGUAUUGGUUAUUGGCGAUAUGCAUGUGCCAUUUCGCAGCAGUGGACUUCCGGCUCAGUUCAAAAAACUACUGACACCUGGUAAAAUACAACAUGUCUUGUGCACAGGCAAUCUAUGUACGAAAGAAAUGUAUGAAUUUUUAAAAUCGAUUGCCAAUGAUGUGCAUGUCGUGCGUGGUGAUUUUGAUGAAAAUCUCAAUUAUCCAGACCAAAAGGUAGUAAAUGUUGGACAAUUUAAGGUUGGUCUAUGCCAUGGUCAUCAAGUGAUACCAUGGGGAGAUCCUGAAUCGUUAGCUUUACUACAAAGACAAUUGGAUGUAGAUGUUCUAGUAUUUGGUCAUACUCAUAAAUUUGAUGCAUUUGAACUUGGAAACAAAUUUUUCUUAAAUCCUGGUUCUGCUACUGGAGCUUUCAAUCCGUUGAAUCCUGAUAUUAUUCCUUCAUUUGUGGUGAUGGAUAUUCAAAGUUCAACUGUAGUGUCAUAUGUCUAUAGGUUGGUAGAUGAUGAAGUAAAAAUUGAAAAAAUACAAUAUACAAAAAAAUGAACUGUGAUGUCUUUUAUAAAUAAUUUCAUGUUCACAUAUAU